AGGUUUGGUUCUCAUGAGAGCAACGUCAUUUUGGCUUCUACCUGUAUUUAUGUGCCUUGGUUUGGAGGUAUAAUAGGUAAACACUGAGCAGGGAUGUGAUCUUAGAACAAAAGAAAACAAAUGCAUACGCAAGAAUACUAAAGAGUGAAAAACUACUGAAUUUGUGCAGACUUAUAAUAGUCGUAAUAAGCAAAGCACUUUGAUAUAAUUUUUAAAUUUUUUUGUAGGUACAUACGAUCCCGAAAUACGCGAGAACGAUUCGUUUGUGCAAACAAGUGUGUAUUUAUGUGGUGCCAUACACAAAUAAAUAAUGCGAUAAAUUCAAUCUAAUAAGAACGCAAGUGGUUGUGUUUCAUCGCCGGCGCAACCGGUUGAAAUUUGUAAGAUGGAUACAGCAGAGAAUUUACAUUUUCAAGACAAUGGCUUAUUUAUAGAAGCCGUUCGUUCUCGGCCUAGUUUAUGGGACAUCCGCCAAAAUUCCUACAGGAAUCAAACGUUGCGAAGCAAGGCUUGGCAAGAAUUUCUCGGAGAACUUGGUCUUCUGGUUUCUCAAGAGAAUAUAAAAGCCAUAGGAAAGCGAUGGAGUUCCUUACGGUAUUGUUACAGUAAGUGGAAAGAAUUCGGUACUAGGAGUGGGUCAAGUGGAGAGAAAAAAUAUUUUCCGCACUCGGCACAAAUGGCAUUUCUGAAUGACUCGUUACAAACUCGGAGAUCCACGAGCCUUUGGCAAACUGCAAUUACUGAGGGGAUGGAAGAUGACCAUGAGGAGGAACGGCCAAGCACUUCAAACAAAAGUAUGAGCCACGAAAAAGAAAUUAUCGCUUUAAAAAAGGAAGAGCUUAAUAUCAAAAGGAGAUACGUGGAACAGCAGGAAACUAAAAAGAGCCAAGCAAAAAGUUUGGUGAAAGUGUUGGAUUAGACCUUGAAAACUUGCCAGGCCCCCUAUUUAGAAAAAUAAAAAUGCGCAUCAUGUCCGUUAUUGACGAAGAACUAAGCGAAUAUGAAAACAUAAAUUAAUAAUAUUUUAUACUAUGGACAGAAUUUACAAUAAUUUUUCAAAUUCUAAAAGCUUUUCAUCAAAAUUUCAAACACUUUAUCAGACUUAUAAAAAACAAGGUAUGCAGUUUUGUAGCCCAUUAAAUUUUAGUGCAAUAAGAUACAAGUUUCAGGUAGUUUUUUUUUGCAUGGAAGAAAAUGCACACAACACGCUCGCAAAAGCAAAUUCUCUAAAAUCAACAGAAUAUUUUAACUAUCUGAAACUUUUACAUGGCCUGAUUUUUUUUAACCUCUGUUUAAAGAGUUUGAAUUGUGGUGAAAAGUUUUUAGAAUCUGAAAAAUUAUUGUGAAUUCUGUGCGAAGUUUGGAAGUUUAAUUUAUAUGGUGUUAGUUAUAGAAUAAACUAUAGUCUUAUUAAAAAUACCAAAAAACAAUGUACCGUGGAAAACGUUUUGAAUUUUUUUAAAUGAAUUCGGGUAUGGAAAUUUAUGAUAACGAUUGUAUUUAUGUGUAACUAAAACUUUGUGGAUUUUGAACUACAGUACUUACAGAAAUAUGUAAAUAUGUAUCUUCUUUCAUUGUCUUAACAAUAAAAAACUGUAAUAAAAAGAAAAAAGAGAAUAUGUU